AUGUCUGGUGACUAUACGAUCGUCGCUCAAUGCCCCCGGUGCGACAUCAUCUUGUCGACGACCCAGCCUUUGCCCAAGUGCAUCAACUGUGCUGUCCAGCUGGUGCCUUGGCCUGCUGCACCUGGGGCGGGCUCCGUGCAGGAUCCGUUCGUCAACGGCACCUUGACGUCGUCCGAAGUCCCGGGGGAAAUGGCGGCCGCUCCGUUGGCCGAUGAGCCUCCCUACCCAAUCCUGGACCAUCCCCUCAUCAUUCGCAUGCUCGAAGAGGAGCCCGAUGGAGAUUUCACGUGGUACAGCGAGGCCGUCUUCAGCGACGAAUCGUCCACCGGCGAGGCAACAUUCAGCGACCGCGGAGCACCAGUUCCGUCGCCUCCAUUUCCAGACAGCCCUACCCUCAGCGACGAGACGAUGGCUCAUGGCAACCAGGGCGGUGAAAAAGACGACGAGGCCGGUGAAAUCGCCAUGGUGCGCGAGAACCUCAUCAAGGAGCCUGGCGGUGAAAGUGGUGGCGCCGACCCGAACACGAUUCAGCCGUGGAUCUUGGAGGUCGAUUCGACUGGGCAGCCAUCUUCCCUCGACGUGCGCGGUGGUGAUUCCAACACCGGCAAGGACGAGGACGGAGAUGUCCCCACUCGAGCGUAG